CUCACCGCGCCACGACCAGACGCUCGCUGCUCCAGGCACGCUGCGCAACUGCGACGCACAGCUCCAUCACGUCCACACGCCCGCACUCAGGCUCCCUUGGUUUUAAUGAAGGAGCGCUGCCGUUGAUCCACACAUCCUUGCAAGAAGAAAGAAGAAGAAGAAGAAAAGAGAGCCAACACAGCACACGGGACAACGGGAUCGAGGGGGUUUGGGAGCUGUGCGCAACCUGGACGAACGACCCCUACUUCCAGAAGCAGCCCUGCAGCAGAGCCCCUCUCCAUUCAAUGGGUCCGCGCCUGGUGCUGCUCUGCUCGAUGUUCGGAGUCCUGCUCGGCCAAGGAGCAGAGCACAUCUCGAUAGACGACUGCUGUAACGAUGGACAGAAGCGAGGCAGCGACAACGAGGACUGCGCAUCCCUCCCCCUCAUAUCUGCGUCGAACACGUGCAGGAUAGUGCAGGAGCAAUGCUGUGUGACGGUGCUCGAGGACAACAUGUGCACCACUGGCAUCAACGUGGCCAAAGAACAAGGAGCCUGUGACUCUUUAUUCACCAACACCUGCGAGACCAAGACCACAAAGAUGUGCUGUGACUGUUGUCUUCUGGGGAAGACGAACAAGGACAGGGGCUUGCCUUGUGAUCACAGCCUGUCCGUGGGCUUCCAGUGUGGCCUCGUUUCCCGGGCCUGCUGCGUGGAUGGAGCCCCAGAUAACCAGACGGAACCCACAAUACAAACUGAGUUACAAAACAAGGAUGCCGCCAAGGAAAAUGGAGACAACUCCGUGUUAACUGAUCAGUGCGACGGCAAAUGCGCUCACAAGUGUGUCGGCAAUGACACGUGUGCCUGUUUCAAAGGCUUCAAACUGAAGCCAGAUGGAAAGAGCUGUGACGAUAUCAACGAGUGUCUGCUGGGAGCCAGCAACUGUCGGGGAGGAGAGCGCUGCAUCAACACCGAGGGCUCAUUUCGUUGCCAGAGAGAGGUCAGCUGUGGAACUGGCUAUGAACUCACUGACAACAACAAUUGCAAAGAUAUUGACGAGUGCGAGACUGGCAUCCAUAACUGUGGCCCGGAGUUCGAGUGCCAAAACACCCAGGGGUCGUUCCGAUGUGCUCCCAAGGUCAAGUGUGGGGCUGGCUUCAUCCAGGAUGCCCUGGGCAACUGCAUUGAUAUCAAUGAAUGCGUCAGCCAGAGCAGCCCCUGCCACAGAGGGCAGCUCUGCAUCAACACGGCCGGCUCCUUCACCUGCCAGAGGAACUCUGUGAACUGUGGUCGAGGAUACCACCUGAACGAAGAGGGCACGCGCUGCGUCGAUAUCGACGAGUGCAAAGGCCCCGAGAAGGUCUGUGCAGGGCACGGCUGUGUCAACCUGGUGGGCUCCUACCGCUGCGAUUGUGAGAGUGGCUACAUCUUCAACAGCAUCAGCCGCACGUGCGAGGAUAUUAAUGAGUGCAGGCACUACCCCGGGCGCCUGUGUGCUCAUAAGUGUGAGAACAGUCUGGGAUCCUACAAGUGCAGCUGCACCACGGGGUUCAAGCUCGCCGGUGACGCCAGGAACUGUGACGACCUGAAUGAAUGUGAGAGCAACCCAUGCAGUCAAGAGUGUGCCAACGUGUACGGCUCCUACCAGUGCUACUGUCGCCGUGGAUACCAGCUCAGUGACAUCGACGGCAUGACAUGUGAAGAUAUAGAUGAGUGUGCCCUGCCCACUGGAGGUCACAUUUGCUCUUAUCGCUGUCACAACACGCCCGGCAGCUUCCACUGUUCCUGUCCCGUCACGGGCUACACCUUGGCGCUCAACGGGCGCAGCUGUCAGGAUGUUGACGAAUGCGUGGCGGGAACACACACGUGCGCAGAGAACCAGAGCUGCUUUAACAUACAGGGAGGAUUCAGAUGCCUCUCUUUCGAGUGUCCAAACAACUACAGGCGCGCUGGAGAAACUCGAUGCGAACGCUUGCUUUGCACUGAGUCUGUCGAGUGCCUGGCCAUGCCCCUGAGAAUAACCUACUACUACCUCACCUUCCCCACCAACAUUCCCGUCUUCACCAACAUCUUCCGCAUGGGCCCCUCCCACACCGUGCCCGGCGAUGACAUCCAGAUCGCAAUCACGGCCGGCAACGAGGACGGCUUCUUCAUGACGGAGCAGGUACCCACCGGUGGCGUAAUGUCCGUGGCGAAGCUCAUCAACGGGCCGCAGGACUUCGAUCUGUCCCUGGAGCUGAGGCUACGUCGCUACGGCACGACCAGCACUUACCUGGCCAAAGUGAUGGUGUUCGUCACCCAGGAGGAGCCCAGAGUAGCUUACAACCCCCUACUAGAAUAGACACGUCGCUAUGUACGGUCACAAGAGUCCCUGCGCUCUCAAAAAAGGACGUUUUCAUUUUAGAUGAAUUGUCCCUCGGAGAGGCACAAGUUUAUACUCGACGCAAAAAUGCACGCGACGUGAACAUGCGGCAUAUAUCGAUAGCAUAGCAUGGUGAUGCAGCCUAGGCUGUACUGUAACGUAGACAUGAUUGCAGGACAUACUGCACAGUAUGCCGUUGCGGUUAAAUAUAAAAGCUAAUCACAGUGAUCAGUAUUUGCAUUACAUAACUAGACAUCAUUUAUAUUUCUCUCAUCCAUCGAUUUAUGGCAUUAAAUAUGAUCCAACCCGAAAAGAAGUGGUGGGUAAAACUAUCUACGUAGAUAUAUGUAGAUAUAGAAAGUUUAAUCUCCACUAAUGUCCUGAUUAAGUCUAAAAGAUCCUUGUUUUAUUAUCUUUAAACACAAAAUUACGUAAAACCCCGGAUUUUGACCUUUUCAGCCGAUAUUAUAACUGACUGCUCCACGUUCGUGAAAGAAGAGCAGCAGACUAACUCAGCUUAGCAUAAAGACUCUAAACAUCUUGCUUGGCUCUGUCCACGUGAGACGAGCACCUCUGUAGCUCUCUGAAGAACCUGUUGCAUCUCGCUUGUUUAGUCUAUACGAAAAACCGGUGUCAGUGUGAAAACAACAUCUGUUGUGUUCUUUGGAUAUGCUUAUGGGGGGGGGGGGGGGGCGUUGUAUGUAGGACUGUUCCUUGGCUGGGCACAGGGACUUCCUGUAGUCCUUCAAACACAUUUUCAGACAAAGGGAGUCCGGGGCUGUUCCUUUUUUUUUCUGAACGUAGUAACGAAUAUGACUUCCUCCUCAAGAUGUCACAUCACGUUUUAAGAGUACAUGUAAAAACACACAAAAUCAGAAAAGAGCCUUUUUAAAAAAAAAAAAAAAAGUAUUGUAGCAUUUGACAUAAUCCACUUAUCAAACACUAUACUUAUUCAGUAGUAACAGUUAGGCCCAACUGAAUGUGUCUUCUUGGAGGUGAGGCGUCGUGACAGCCGCUAGGUGGCGCUCUAGGUCAGGGUAACUUUUACUGUAAAAAUGGUACCGACCCGGAUCUGCCUACGACUAAGUGUAAUUUGAUGAUGGUUGCAUGGUAAAAUAUGACGUUUGCAGUAUUUUAUGGUUUAUGUGCUGGAUGAACAGUUUUCUAUUAAAAUUUGAAAUUGAAAUAA